GCACUUCCUGGGGGCACGAGGGGAACCAGCCUAGUUUUGUCAGCGCGCGGCGGUGGUUGAAGAUGGCGCUAGCCGAAUGGAAAUCCUAAUGACAGUCUCCAAAUUUGCCACUUUUUGUACCAUGGGCGCCAAUGCCUCUGCUCUGGAGAAAGAGAUUGGAUCUGAGCAGUUUCCGGUCAAUGAGCACUACUUUGGCCUGGUCAAUUUUGGAAACACCUGCUACUGCAACUCGGUGCUGCAGGCUCUCUACUUCUGCCGGCCGUUUCGGGAGAAGAUCUUAGCGUACCGCAGUCAGCCUCGACGUAAAGAGAACCUGCUCACCUGCCUGGCCGACCUGUUCCACAGCAUCGCCAACCAGAAGAGGAAAGUGGGCGUCAUCCCACCCAAGAAGUUCAUCACACGGCUUCGCAAAGAGAAUGAGUUGUUUGACAACUACAUGCAGCAGGAUGCCCACGAGUUCCUGAACUACCUGCUGAACACCAUCGCAGAUCUGCUGCAGGAGGAGAGGAAGCAGGACAAGACCAAUGGCCGCCUUGCCAACGGCACAUUGGACUCCCAGAACAACAACAGCAAUGCCACGCCCGCUCCAACCUGGGUCCACGAGAUCUUCCAAGGCACUCUGACCAACGAGACGCGCUGCCUCACCUGUGAAACGAUAAGCAGCAAAGAUGAGGACUUUCUGGACCUUUCUGUGGAUGUAGAACAGAAUACCUCUAUCACACACUGCCUCAGAGGCUUCAGUAACACAGAGACACUGUGCAGUGAGUACAAAUACUACUGUGAAGAAUGUCGAAGCAAGCAGGAGGCACACAAGCGGAUGCGUGUGAAGAAGCUGCCGAUGAUCCUGGCUCUGCACCUGAAGCGCUUCAAGUACAUGGAGCAGCUGCAGCGCUACACCAAGCUGUCCUAUCGCGUCGUCUUCCCCCUGGAGCUCCGCCUCUUCAACACCUCCGGGGACGCCACCAAUCCCGAGAGGCUGUACGACCUGGUGGCCGUUGUGGUGCAUUGUGGGAGUGGUCCAAACAGGGGUCACUACAUUGCCAUUGUGAAAAGUCAUGACUUCUGGUUGCUGUUUGAUGACGAUAUUGUGGAGAAAAUCGAUGCCCAGGCCAUAGAGGAAUUCUACGGUCUCACUUCUGAAAUCUCCAAGAACUCCGAGUCAGGCUACAUCCUCUUCUACCAGUCCAGAGACUAACCGCCACAGAGACCAGAGGAAGACCCUCUUCAUGGCUCGCAGCGGACCCUAAACGCACCACAGCCGCCCGCGUGGUCUCACACCAGCUCAGCUGUGUUUCAUACUCGUGCUUUUACACGCUGCAGCUAAACAGUGGAAGUCUCCCCCUUGCUUCUUGCCUCCAUACCCCCCCCUUCCUCCCCCUUUUAUUGGACGCUGCUGCCGGCUCAACGAGACGAUAAUGAAUGAAAACUGUGUCAAGAUUGUUUUGAAAAAAAGACGCUGAAUGAGGGUUGUACAGAUAUCGGUCGGUCGUACGCGUAUUAGGUUUUUCUUGGGUGUGGGGUACUUAAUAAUUCAUAUGAUGUAACACCGGCCUGCACCCCCCCCCCCUGUUAUUCUGCACUGGGAUUUACUGAGUGUGGCUUUUGAUGAUGCAUGUAAAAGAGGAUGGGUGGGGGGGUGAGCGUCCCACUCAUGGGGCGUGCCGGGUUGUGUAUUUCUACAGUGUACAGAAUGGUAUUUGUAUAAAUAUUACAAGAAGAAAAUAUUAUUGGAAAUUGUUAGACCUUGAAAAUAUGUAUUAACACUAUGGUGCACUUUUGAUACCGUUUUGUAGGUGUUGGCGAGUUUAAUGUGAGGGUUUGCUUGAAAAGGCCUGUUGUAAAGCGAUCAUUUUCUGUUUUAAAGAAAAAUAAAUAAAGCCAGUAAGAUU